AUGGCGCCUACUACGCCCAAGACCAACUUUAGGACUUUUGAUGUCCAGGCUCGACUUUUGCGAGCCAUCGUCGCCGCUCACCCCGAGGUGAAGUGGAACUACAAGGAGAUCAUGAAGUCUUAUGGCACAGACGUGACUGAGCAUAAGCUCGGCCACCGUAUGCGUCACUUAAAGACACAGGCCGAAAUCAUUCGCAGGGGUUUACAGCAAGGCUUUGAUCCCAAAGAUAUGCCUACAGAGUUCAAUUUCCCAAAAGAUCAGAACAAGAUCGACACGGAUAUUUGCAAGUACUUUGGCGAGUCCACACCAGACGGCAUCCAGUUCCAGUUUCGAACUAUCAAGAAAGACGCCGCAAGCCUCAAGGCAGCCGCUGACGGUGGUAAGAACCCCGCCACCGCUGUCAGCUUUGGUCCGUCUACCCCAUCGUCUCGUGCCUCGGCCGCCGGCAAGGCAACGCCCCGCUCCCGCGCGACUCCCAAGACCGCCUCGCACUCGCGACCUCACCCCAACUCCUUCAUCCCGCCCUGCCAAAAGGCGAAGCCGGCUCCUGCCCAGCCCUCCGCCGCUGUUGUUGCUGUGGCUGCCGUUGAUCUGACCUCGGAGGAUGACGACUGUGUCCCAACGCCUACUCCUGCCAUCGAAUCGUUCCACACCACCGGUUCCGAGACCACAGUUUCCAAGGACACCACCCAGCCGCACUCGUUUUAUGGAACCGAGAGCUUCGACACCAGCUACUCCCUGGACUCUUCCUUGCUCGGCCUCGAUGACUUUGGCCACGACGUUGGCCAGAUCGACGCCGAUGUCUAUGCCCACGACCUGUAUGCGGACCCGGAGAUCUAG